AUGUCAAAUAUUGUUCUUUCCGCAUCUGACGCAGCUCUGAACAUUGAUAUGAAGGGACGUGAAAGUCUCCUGGACUCACUCUUUACCACAGCUUCAGUGCUGUUUGGAUUAGUUGAUCCUCUUGAUAUUAAGGCUCUUAUUGAAGUGAGCCUAAAGGAGGACGCGACGCAAACUGGCCUCCAGCAAGAAGAAGAAAGUUGCUUGGAAUACCUCAAGCGAGGAGGGCGUUUUUUGAUGGAGGAGAGAAUGGAUCAGGCACAACUAGAAGUCUCAUUGUUCAGUAACGCUAUAGCAAAUUUGUGUGAAGAGCUGAAUGGUAGAUGUCACCCAACUCCAUCUAGUGUUAAUCCAGAGAAACUGGUCACACCUAACGCUGUCCGGCAUGCAGUAACUCCACAAUACCCCUGUCCUCAUGACCAUGUCCAAAGGCCCAAUGAUCAGCUUAUUCCCCUACCUCGUGUGAUGAAAGCUUGGGUUAAUAACUUCACAUAUUGUGCAUUUACGAGCGCCUCAUUGGCGGAAGCCAAUGGGCCUUUACGCUUCGACCACGGCAACAGCUUCACAACAAAAAAGCUUAAAUCCUUAGAGGUGCUCAAGUCUGAUUUUCAGGUUCUGGACUUGAAGAAGCAACGCGCACAGUCUGAAGUUGACAUGUUGUCUGAAGCCAUCGCGCGCAUCGCCAAGUUCCACAGCGAUAAUGAUGAUUUUUAUCACAUUGGGUUUGAUGAUUGCAUGUCAACCUCGUCUAUGUCUUCCGGUUCAUCCCCGUGA